UAAAGCGAAAAAACCACCAAAACAUCCUAAAAAGACCGAUCAAGAUGACAGGUUCUGGUUGUGGUUCUCCUUGUGGAGCCUGCAAGUUCUUGAGGAGAAAAUGCGUUAAAGGUUGUGUUUUUGCACCUUAUUUCUGCCAUGAGCAGGGUGCUUCGAACUUUGCUGCAAUUCACAAGGUUUUUGGUGCAAGCAACGUAUCAAAGUUGCUUGCCCAUCUUCCUGUCAGCGAUCGUUGUGGAGCCGCCAUUACCAUCUCAUAUGAAGCUCAAGCCAGGCUUAAAGACCCUAUAUAUGGCUGUGUCUCACAUAUUUUUGCUCUCCAACAGCAGGUGAUUAGUUUACAAGCACAGCUAGCUUCCAUCAAAGAGCAAUCAGCCAACAAUGGAAGCUUUAUCAAUGGCCCUGACAAUGCAAACUGGAAUCAGAAGUUCAAUGGAAGACUUUCUCACCAAGAACAUGCACAGAAUUGGUUUCAACAAGAAAAUUCAAACUUGGUGCCCCAAUUUAGCCCAAACCUCACAAAUGUUGCUUCAAUGAUGCCAUAUUUGGAAAGCAAUAAAUUGAUGGAUCCUCAUAACCUUGUUGGGAGUUGUGAAAGUUCAGUAGUUCCGGAUGAAAAUGUCUCAUAUGGCAGAUUUGAUGAGGCUUCUGAUCACUUUUGGUCUUCAUUAGACGCUCAAACAAUCAACAGGCAAUGGGGUGGUUUUCAUGAUUCCAACGAUCUUCAUUCAGGGCCUUUCAACUACACUCAGCAAUAUUCCUGAGGAGUUAGGGAGUAGUAGUGGACUAGAUUUUGCCAAUCCCAAAUUACUACUGCAUACUAUGAAACAUGAACUUUUUUUUUUUUUUUUGUUAUUCUCUUAUAAUUAAGCUAGAAAAGGAAUUAAUGCUUAUAUGAUUGUUACAAUUAGUUAUUGAUGGAAGAUGAUUU